GUGCUGUUCGCAGCCAAUCUCUUGGGCGGGUGCGGCUGGCUGUGUUGGAUUGUGCGGUACCUUGCCGUUGGAGAUGGCCUACGCAGGGAAGUUCACCUGCAAUCCAAACAGCCGGACUUCGCGGCGUCUCGGCAGCUGAUGACACGUUCCACAAUUGUUCGACGUUCUUUUGGUAGGCUGUCCGGCGUGACACGGGAAGGCCGAUACUUUUCCAGGGCGGAAUCAGCCAGAGAGCUGCAGGAGAAGGAGAUACGCCAGCGAAUGGACCCCAUUUUAGCGUCAAAUGUGGAAGAGGAAAGGCGAGCCUGGAGGGAGAUCGAGCAGCGAUACGAUGAGGUGGUGCUGAAGGAGUUGCAUGCGGCGCACUGGCACGUGGGGGGCCCCGAAGUAGCAGAGGGCUAUCGCAGGCGACAGGACUCGAAACCCCAUGGUCGACAUAUCCGGCCGCCCAGGGGGACGGGCGGAGGUAGGCGCAGGGACCCCCCUAGGCACACGGACCCCCCAGUGGAGGUGCAUGACCGCAUGGAGAUUGACCCCCCUGUGUGGCUCUUUGGUGAUAUGCACCGGAAACGUAAGGAGUGGCAGGAGGACACUACCAAGGGGACCGGGGUUGAGGUGGGGAUUGAGAAGCGGCAGUGUGGUCCUAGCAUGCAGCCGGCUUCGGCAACUCCGAGGACUGCGGCCACAGAUGCGCAGGUUGACGACCACGUGCAACCGGCUGAAGUAGGGAAUGGGUGGGGGGGAGGGGGGGACGACCUGGUCGAUAAAGAGGUCUUUGUCCAAGAGCGAGGCUCACGGGUUGAAGGCUCCAACGAGCCAUUGAUCUCGGUCGAUGCACAGGUACAGGGGACGGAGAGUAAGGUGGAGGGAACUGAGCAACAACGGGUGACCAAGCCGACAACUCUUGUGGAACAGGAGUGUAGGGCCCACGAACAGGAGGCUGUGGGGCCCCACGGGMAGCCGACCCCGACUGACGCCCAAGUACAGGGGAUGGGGAGURAGGUGGCGGGGACUGAACAGCAACAGGGGGAGACGAGUGGAGGACGGGCGGAUGAGGCCCAGUCACCGCCCCCCCCCGUGGAGGAGGAAGCAGGUAAGGUGGAGAUAUUGGAGGGGAAGGGGGAAGACAGUCAGGGAAGACUUGAUGGGCAGGCACCUCGGAUUUCGGGGGGGGAGACAGGGCAAACCAAGGAGGUGCUGCGUGAGCUUGGGGGGGAAUGUAAUCAGAAGGGGCAGGUGGGGCUGGAUGAGAUCAGUCCAGGGAAAGUGCYGGAGGACAUUAAUGAGGCCAAUGGAUGGUCGAAUGAGGAGGUAGUGGAAUCUUCGGGAAGGAUGGAUGAAGAGGGAGGGGGGGGGAAUAGAAAGGAAAGCACGCCAGGGGGGAAGGUCGGGGAGAGUGAGGUGCUCCCAGGGGGAGGGCARGCACGGGGAGAAGACAAGCAAGUGAUGCUCGACUAUGUGCGGGCCAGCAUAUUAGACAGGAAGGUCGGGGAGGAGGAGACGGUGGGGGGGAACAGCAAGGAACGCACGCCAGGAGGAAAGAUCGGGGAGAGUGAGGCGCUUCAAGCGGGAGGGCAGGAACGGGGAAGGACGGGAGAGAGUGGUGGAAAGGAGGAGGACGAACAGACGGAAGAGGAAUGGUGGGUGGAGCGAGUGGAGGCCGUGCGGGAGUGGCAAGAGUGGGAGACGGUGGAAACCGCCCGCUGGGGGCGCAGAUCAAAGGUGGGAUGGACUGUGGUGGGUGAGAAGAUGUCUCGACGAUUUUUCAGAGAGCUGGGAAAGAAGCAGGGGAUUGCCCUCAUGACGGCAAUGGACCCCCCCUUUGACCUGCGACAGGCGAGGCAAGAGACUACGUUGGGGAUUUUGGACUGUGUAACGGACUUCUAUACAGAUCUGUUUACGGAGGAGGAGGAAUGGACUGUGGAGCACAUGGCGACGGCCCCGCAGGAGCACAUUUGGAGGCACGUCCCGCCUGACCUCACUGAGGAGCAGGCGCAGCCUUUGGAGAUGGACAUCACGCUAGAAGAGGUCCUUAGGGCGAUUGGAGAGCUGCCAAGACUCAAGGCGUCGGGGGUGGAUGGAGUCCCUAUUGAAAUGUAUAAGGCACAGAAUCAUUUCUUUGGUCCACUCCUCACGCGGGCCUUCAAUGAGGCUUUGCACGCGGGACAUCUCCCGGAAGGCUUUGCAGACGCCUUUGUGGUGCUGAUCUAUAAGCAGGGUGCCCGCGAGGAUGUCAGGAAUUGGCGGCCGAUAUCAAUCCUCAAUGCUCCCUACAAGAUCCUCGCCAAGGUACUGUCGAACCGGCUCAAUGAGGUGCUGCCUUUCUUGAGAGGCAACCUCUGCAGCGGGCCGUGUGCAGGUHCCCUGGAAGGGGACGCCGAAGAGGGUGACAGCCCUGUCGACGGCCGGACCCUGCUGCGCAACGAGGUGUUGUCCAAGAGUCGGGUUGCUUGGGAAUGCAGCCCCAAUUGGGUGCCGCUUAAAGACGAGGACCGAUGGGUGUCCCCGCAGCGAAGACGCAUUGAAGAAGAGGAGUUGCAGAAUAAGGUGGCCGAGGAGGGGCUGGCGGAAGGCAGGGAGGAUGCGCAAACCCGCCAGCCUGCCCCGGAUUUGGAUGAGCCCAUGAUAGGGGAUGAAGGUGGGGACUCGAUGGAUAACAGGGGCGGAGCGAUGGAUGAGGACAUGGAUAUCAACGAGGGGAUGGAAGCAGACAUGGAUAUUACUACAACGGUGAAGGGAUCGCUACAGGUAAUAUUGGCUGCCGGGGAGUGUUAUGUCUGCCCGGUGAUGCUAUGGUGGGCGGAGCAAGGCAUUAAAGUGGUCACGAAAGGCAAUACGGAAUUCUUCGUCUAUGCGGCGUGCUCCCUCCCCAAGAACCCGAAUAUUACCAGACAGGAACGCCCGCCCACGGCAGAUGCGGAGGCGCUACAGUUGUUUAUGGCAGAAUUGGACUGUGUGGACGUCUACCGCACGGCCUUCCCUGCGGGACGGGAGUUCACCUGGUAUGGAUCGGCAAACCGAAGGAGCCGGAUUGACAUGGUAUGGACCUCGAGUUCGAUCUUCAGGAGCGGCAGCGAGAUUGCUUACCUUCCAACAGCGCUGUCAGAUCAUGUAAAGGUUGCAACCAACUUUCCGGUGGGGGACAUUGUGGUGGGUCACCCACAACCGUCCCUUCCCGCAUGGGUCUUUCAGGACGAAGAAUAUAAACCUCUGAUUCAAAAACAUUGGGAUAAUUGGCUGCCGCGACGCCCCCAAGGAAUGGACGAGUUGGGAUGGGUGGCGAAGGGCAAUGCUCUGAUGAGCAGGUGUCUGCAUGAUAGGUUGGCCGGUUGUUACCGUGCCCACUUGGCCACAGGACAGGAAUACGCCGACCGCCUCAGUGCGCUUAAUUGUGGCCCCAAGGAUGAGCAGGCGGAAGAGGAAUGGUGGGUGGAGCGAGUGGAGGCCGUGCGGGAGUGGCAAGAGUGGGAGACGGUGGAAACCGCCCGCUGGGGGCGCAGGUCAAAGGUGGGAUGGACUGUGGUGGGUGGGAAGAUGUCUCGACGCUUUUUCAGAGAGCUGGGAAAAAAGCAGGGGAUUGCCCUCAUGACGGCAAUGGACCCCCCCUUUGACCUGCGGCAGGCGAGGCAAGAGACCACGUUGGGGAUCUUGGACUGUGUAAUGGACUUCUACGCAGACCUGUUUACGGAGGAGGAGGAAUGGACUGUGGAGCAGAUGGCGACGGCCCCGCAGGAGCACAUUUGGAGGCACGUCCCGCCUGGCCUCACUGAGGAGCAGGCGCAGCCUUUGGAGAGGGACAUCACGCUAGAAGAGGUCCUUAGGGCGAUUGGAGAGCUACCAAGACUCAAGGCGUCGGGGGUGGACGGAAUGACGGCGCUUCAGCUGCGUAACCUGCUGUGGUUUUUGUUGGGGACGGCGCGCACAACGUGGGAGAGCCUUACCACUCAGCAUUUGGCCCUGGCGCUUGGCAUGACAGAGCAGAUGGUCUUAGUGGCGCUGGCCAGCCCAAGCCUCAUUAGCCACGUCAAGAGGAACCAGAUUUGGUCUGUUGCGCUGACUUUGUGGAAAAAGCUCCAAUUACAACAGGAGUUACCGGUCACCGCUGACGAUGUCUAUAAUCAACUCCUCUUUGACAACCCCUGCAUAUGUGAUGAUACGGGUGAUCCGUUCCCAUGGCAGGGGAAGCCUGGAGCUUUUGGGAAGCAUUGGGCGGAAUGUGGGGUUUUUAAGAUUGGGCACCUGUGGGACGAGGAAGAGAGGGACUGGAGGAAAGAGGCUGACAUGGCAGUGCGGCUCCCCCACAAGUUCCGGAGGCGGCAACACCUAUCUGCCCUUCAGCGAGCUAUUCCCACGCAAUGGGUGGACACACUGAGGGAGGACCAUAGAGUGGGGGGAGAAUGGGUGAGACGUAAGGGAGAGACACACCCCCUGCAGGUAUACCAGAUCACUCAGGUACAGGGUGAGGAGGUGGUGACGCGAGCAUGGAACGUGGUGACUGGGUAUGAGGGUCUGGGAGCCCCAAUGAGAGUAGGACCUGGUGCGGAGAUGCGGUGGGAAACUGAUGAAAUUGAGACGGUGGCGGUAUGCGCAGAGAAGAAAACAGAGGGGGGGUUGGGAAGUGCCCGACCCUUUUGGAUUUGCAGGCUCCAGCUCCGACCCCCAGAUCUGCUAUCCUUUACCAUCGAAGGGGGGACGGCAGUCGCGCGACUGGCCUCUGAUUUGGGGUAUUUACUGAUGACAUACGCGAGGGCUCAUGCAGUAGUGCUCAAGCUCCCAGAAGUAGUGGUCCCCUGGUUACGACGUAUGAAGAAGGCAUGGAUGACGGCGCGCGAAGGCCUGUGGUUAAUGGGUAGGGGUCCGUGGAAGGGGAUGAUUGACAUAGAGGGCUCGCGGACGAUCAUCUAUAUGGCGCCCUCCAGGGAGGUGAGGGACUGGCUCAUACAUGAACGGAAGGUGGAGUGUAUAUUGGUGGGAGAUGUUGGUCAAGAAGUACAACUGGUCCCAUGGCGAACGCCUGCGGAAAUGGAGUUUCAGCGGGAGGAGGAGAAACGACAGCGGCCAUGGGUCAAAGUGUUCAGCCCCCCCUCCUUUUUGGUCCCUCUCGAAGAACAGAUGGUGCAACAACUUUUUGGCGAGAUUGUUUCUAUACCCCUCUUCUGUGAAGAAGAAAGCGAAUAUUGGAGGCAUGUGGUUAGGGGCCCACUAAAGAUGCGCCAGGUUGAGAGGGUAGUUGUGGCUUUUGGGCCUACGACUACGCAGGAGUUUCGCUUUAUUACGAGCGAAACUCCAUUUUGCGACGUCUGUUUUACGCAUGGGCAUUUGGGACGGGAAGGCCGAUGCCUUUCCAGGGCGGAAUCAGCCAGAGAGCUGCAGGAGAAGGAGAUACGCCAGCGAAUGGACCCCAUUUUAGCGUCAAAUGUGGAAGAGGAAAGGCGAGCCUGGAGGGAGAUCGAGCAGCGAUACGAUGCGGUGGUGCUGAAGGAGUUGCAUGCGGCGCACUGGCACGUGGGGGGCCCCGAAGUAGCAGAGGGCUAUCGCAGGCGACAGGACUCGAAACCCCGUGGUCGACAUAUCCGGCCGCCCAGGGGGACGGGCGGAGGUAGGCACAGGGACCCCCCAGUGGAGGUGCAUGACCGCAUGGAGAUUGACCCCCCUGUGUGGCUCUUUGGUGAUAUGCACCGGAAACGUAAGGAGUGUCAGGAGGACACUACCAAGGGGACCGGGGUUAAGGUGGGGAUUGAGAAGCGGCAGUGUGGUCCUAGCAUGCAGCCGGCUUCGGCAACUCCGAGGACUGCGGCCACGGAUGCGCGGGUUGACGACCAUGUGCAACCGGCUGAAGUAGGGAAUGGGUGGUGGGGGGGGGGGGACGACCUGGUCGAUAAAGAGGUCUUUGUCCAAGAGCGAGGCUCACGGGUUGAAGGCUCCAACGAGCCAUUGAUCCCGGUCGAUGCACAGUCGAGGACCUUGAGCACGCGCCUCUUUCGGCGGGCCCAUUCUGGUUCCUGCGUGUUCGGGAUGCUGGCGAAAUUCCUCUAUCCUGCCCGUCUUGAAACACGGACCGAGGAGUUCAACGUGCAUGCGAGCCGGUGGGUGAUUAGCCCACGAGGUGGAAGAAACCUGAGUGGUGGGAACCCUCUGCGGGUGCACUGUCCGCCAACCACGAGCUGCUGUGAGAGGUUUGAGUGUGAGCAUGCCCGUUGGGACCCGAAAGAUGGUGAACUAUGCCUGAGCAGGGCGAGGCCAGAGGAAACUCUGGUGGAGGCUCGCAGCGAUACUGACGUGCAAAUCGUUCGUCGGACUUGGGUAUAGGGGCGAAAGACUAAUCGAACCGUCUAGUAGCUGGUUCCCUCCGGAGUUUCCCACAGGAUAGCUGGAGCUGCUGAACAGUUUUAUCGGCGACGGCGUAUGCCUCCUCGGAUGACACAAGGCUGUCGAUAGGGCCAGCCGGUCUGGCCCCGAAAGCAUAAGUUCGGAGUUGUCCCUCCUGCGGCGGAGCACCGGCGCCCUGGGGGUCUCUUCAUCGCAAUUUCUUUCGCUCGGGGAGUCAAACCAUUUGCAGACGACGUAGAUAGGGAACGGGGUGUUGUAAGCAGUAGAGUGGCCUUGUCGUCACGAUCUGUUGAGAUUCGGCCCUUUGUUCCAAAGGUUUCCCCCUCCUUCUGGCCCCCCACCCCUCCUCAAAUGUUUUAACGACCGUCAUCCGCGUCUGAAGAGAGCCGUCGCCCUUGUAUAGGGGCCGAUGAGCUGCUUUAAUUUUUUUUAUUUUUAUUUUUUUUUUUCCUUCUUUUUUUUUUCAGUUUUGCUGCUUCCGUCUGAAGCCCCUUUUGCCCGAUGUGGUACUCGACUUUCGGCUCAAAGGAGAACUGUGCCCGAGCCCAUGUUGGGGUGGGUGCCACGUUGUAAG